AGCUGGAGGCAGUGCCUCCCUGCAGGGCUGCCCACGCUGCUGUGUCCCGGGAUGGCCUGGAGGUGAGGAUGACCCUGACUGAAAGGCUGCGCGAGAGGAUUUCGCGGGCGUUCUACAGCCACGGGCUGCUCUGUGCUUCCUACCCCAUCCCCAUCAUCCUCUUCACUGCCCUCUGCAUCCUGGCCUGCUGCUCCCCCCUGCUGAAGCUGCCCCUGCCAGGGACGGGCCCCGUGGAGUUCAGCACGCCCCUGAAGGACUACGCUCCCCCCGGGGAGCAGGGGCCACAGCCCGGGGAGCCUGGAGAGCGCCCCGACUGGUACGUGGGGGCUCCCGUGGCCUACAUCCAGCAGAUCUUUGUGAAAGCCACCGUGUCCCCGUGGCAGAAGAACUUCCUGGCCGUGGAUGUGUUCCGCUCGCCGCUGGCCCGCGUCUUCCAGCUGGUGGAGGAGAUCAGGAACCACGCCCUGAGAGACAGCUCCGGGGUCAGGAGCCUGGAGGAGGUUUGUCUGCAGGUGACAGACCUGCUGCCUGGCCUCAGGAAGCUAAGGAAUCUGCUGCCAGAGCACGGCUGCCUGCUGCUGUCCCCGGGCAACUUCUGGCAGAACGACCGCGAGCGCUUCAAUGCCGACCCAGAUAUCAUCAAAACCAUCCACCAGCAUGAGCCAAAGACCUUGCAGACGUCAGCCACUCUCAAAGACCUGCUGUUUGGGCUGCCUGGCAGGUACAGCGGGGUCAGCCUGUCCAACCGGCGGCGCGUGGUGUCCUACACCGUCACCCUGGGGCUGCAGCGCUACGACUCCAGGUUCCUGAGCAGCCUGCGCUCCCGCCUGAAGCUGCUGCACCCCAGCCCCAACUGCAGCCUGCGCGAGGAGAGCGUGGUGCACGUGCACUUCAAGGAGGAGAUCGGCAUCGCCGAGCUCAUCCCGCUCGUCACCACCUACAUCAUCCUCUUCGCCUACAUCUACUUCUCCACACGUAGGGAGAUAUUCCCAUACCUGGUGGUGGUGAUUGGCCUGGAGAACGUGCUGGUCCUCACCAAGUCCGUUGUGUCCACGCCCGUGGACCUGGAGGUGAAGCUGCGCAUCGCCCAAGGCCUGAGCAAUGAGAGCUGGUCCAUCAUGAAGAACAUGGCAACAGAGCUGGGGAUCAUCCUCAUCGGAUACUUCACCCUGGUCCCGGCCAUCCAGGAGUUCUGCCUCUUCGCCGUGGUGGGGCUGGUGUCAGACUUCUUCCUGCAGAUGUUCUUCUUCACCACGGUGCUGUCCAUCGACAUCCGCCGCAUGGAGGCCGGGACAGUGAUCUGGAUCGGAAUCCUGGUGUACACGGAUCCUGCUGGGCUCCGCACCUACCUCACGUCCCAGGUCACCGAGCAGAGUCCCCUGGGGGACGCAGGCCUGCCCGCCAUGCCCGUUCCUGGAGGGGUCCUGCCUGCCGGGGACCCCAAGAUCGACCUGUCCGUGUUCCCCUCGGAGCCCGUGCAGCUGCUGGAGAACCAGACGCAGCCGCGGGAGCAGAAGGCGGGGCUGGAGCCCGAGCAGCACGGCUGGGCCCGGGGCCCCGAGGGCAGGGGGCAGCCGGAGCUGGGAACAACGGAGGCACAGGUUACCUGGGGAGCGGAGGAUGAGGAGAUCUGGAGGAAGCUGUCCUUCAGGCACUGGCCAGCCCUCUUCAGCUACUACAACAUCACCCUGGCCAAGAGGUACAUCAGCAUCCUGCCAGCCAUCCCAGUCACGCUGUACCUGAAGCCCCAGGAGGCCCUGGAGAUGCGGCACCCGCAGGAGGCGCGGCGCUCCCAGCCCUUCGUGGACACGGCCCCGCAGCCGGAGCCGCCCCGCGGCCACCAGGACGUCACCCUGUACAAGGUGGCUGCUCUGGGCCUGGCGUCAGGCAUCCUGCUGGUGCUGCUGCUGUUCUGCCUGUACCGGGUGCUGUGCCCCAAGAACUACGGGCAGAACGGGCCGGGCCGGCGCCGCCGGGGGGACCUGCCCUGCGACGACUACGGCUACUCGCCCCCCGAGACCGAGAUCGUGCCCCUGGUCCUCAGGGGACACCUCAUGGACAUCGAGUGCCUGGCCAGCGACGGGAUGCUGCUGGUGAGCUGCUGCCUGGUGGGGCAGAUCCGCGUGUGGGACGCGCAGACGGGCGACUGCCUCACUGUCAUCCCCAAGCCCAGGCUGCGCCGGGACAGCAGCGGCAUCUUCGACUACCAGGAGGGCUGGGAUCCCAGCCCGGACGGCAAGAGCGGGCUGGAGGACUCCUUUGAGAGCAGUCACCAGCUGAAACGGCUGCUGGGGCCCCCCCAGCCCCCCCUGUUCUGUGACCAGCCCGACCUCACCUCCCUCAUCGACACCAACUUCCUGGAGCACGCCAAGGCGGCCGAGUCGGAGCCGCGGCUGCGGGCCGUGGGCGCUCGGCACAAGGACUCGGGAUACGACUUCAGCAGCCUGGUUGGGAAGGUGUACGAGGAGCACGGCAGCUCGGGCUGCAGGAGCAUGAGCUUCCCGGGGCUCCCGGCCCCGCACGGCCCCGCCGGGCUCUGCGGCGGCAGCGGCCGCGCCCCGGCCUGCGGCGAGGGCGAGGGCGGCUGCGGGGACGAUCCCUGCGCGGGCUGUGACAAACCCUCAGCCCCGCAGUCCUGGGGAGGGGACCUGGAGAGCUCCAUCUGGAGCCUGGAACUGCAGGGGAACCUGAUCGUGGCUGGCAGGAGUAAUGGCAAGCUGGAGGUGUGGGAUGCCAUCGAGGGGACCCUCCGCAGCAGCAAUGAUGAAGGACAAUCCGGCAUCACAGCCCUCGUCUUCCUCAACAACAGAAUCGUGGCUGCCCGGCUGAACGGCUCCUUGGAUUUCUUCUCUCUGGAGACACACACGUCCUUGAACCACCUGCAGUUCCGAGGUGGCCCGGGCAGGAGCAGCGUGCCGCCGUCGCCGGAGCUGUGCCGCGGGGCCGCGCUGCGCUGCCGGGUGACGCACAGCGUGGCCUGCGCGCACCACAAGCCCAUCACCGCGCUCAGGGCCGCCGCCGGCCGCCUCGUCACCGGCAGCCAGGACCACACCCUGCGGGUGUUCCGGCUGGAGGACUCGUGCUGCCUGUUCACCCUGCAGGGCCACUCGGGAGCCAUCACUGCCGUGUACAUCGACCAGACCAUGGUGCUGGCCAGCGGUGGCCAGGACGGGGCCAUCUGCCUGUGGGACGUGCUGACGGGCAGCCGCGUCAGCCACAUGUUCGCCCACCGCGGGGACGUCACCUCCCUGACCUGCACCACGUCCUGCGUCAUCAGCAGCGGCCUGGACGACGUCAUCAGCAUCUGGGACCGCAGCUCGGGCAUCAAGCUCUACUCCAUCCAGCAGGAGCUGGGCUGCGGCGCCAGCCUGGGCGUCAUCUCCGACAACCUGCUGGUGACGGGGGGCCAGGGCUGCGUGUCCUUCUGGGACAUCGGCUACGGGGACCUGCUACAGACCGUCUACCUGGGCAAGAGCAACGAGUCGCAGCCGGCGCGGCAGAUCCUGGUGCUGGAGAACGCCGCCAUCGUCUGCAACUUCGGCAGCGAGCUCAGCCUGGUCUACGUGCCCUCGGUGCUGGAGAAGUUGGACUGAGCAGGAGGAGGGGCCGGCGGGGCUCGGGGCUGUGCCUGAGGGGACAGGGCCCCUGCUCCGUGCUCCAUCCGUGCCACCGGAGCGAGCCCGGCCACCGAGCGGGGUGGGGCCGCCGCCCUCCUCUGCUCUCCCCGGUCCGGCACCUUCCAAGCGGACUCGGGGAGCCCCGGCAGCGCCAUGGUGCAGAGGGACACGGGGCGGGACAGGGCAGAGCGGGGACAGCGUGGUGGCUCCCAGGCCGGACACCCAGCAGUGGCUGUCCCGGGCCAGCACCGCCCCAGGACACCGAACAGCCCUCGGACAGCCCCGGGUGGCAGACGGGAGAGGACCGGGACCGGGACCGGGACCGGCCCCUCCUGGGCGCGGCUCGGCCCCCACGUGCCUUAGGGCGCGGCAGGGCCCGGCCCGAGCCCGCCCGGGGCCGCAGCUGCCCCCACUCUAUUUAUUUAUACGCUGUAAAUAGUUAUUUAUUGGGGCAGGGGGCGCGGGGCCCGGCCCCGGCAGCGCUGCCCUUGCCGUGCCCUGGCACAGCUGCCCUGCCCGGCUCCCUCCUGCGCCCCGUCUGCAGCAAUAGCACCUUCCUCCUCCUCCUCCCCUUCCUCCUCCUCCUCCCGCUGCGGGGCCAGAGGAGGCUUUUCUCAGGUUGGGAGCGGAGCUCUCGCCCCCCUCCUGCAGGCGCUGGGGAGGGACCCGGGCAGGGCACAGCCAGGGCCGGGGCAGCAGCCGGUGCUCCCCCGGGCACGGCCCCGCCCGGGCCGGGCUCCCGGCCCGUCCCGCCGUGCCCCGAGCGCCCACGACGUCUGUUCUCGACCCCCGGUGAUUGUAGAGGCGGCGCCGGCCUGGGGCAGGGGGGCCCCCCGGGACCCCGGCCCAGCCCCGCGGGUGGCCUUCGCCCAGCUGUACCUUUGUGCUGUACAGGGGACGCUUUUUGUACGGAUCGUGUUUUAUAACGUGUGCAGAACAUCCAUUAAACGGAACUAACCCGA